GGCGCGCGCACGGGAGGUGGCGGGGGGUUGUGCUCGCUCCUGCUCUCUCUGCUCUCUGACCCCAGUGGCAGCUCCGACUCACUGCACUCCGGCUCCCCCUCCGUCGGACCGAGGCUGCUCUCUCUCUCCUGUUGUCUGUCAGUGUCUCUCUCCUGCUCUCCGGCUCUCUCCCCCUCCGCUCUCUUGUCUGGUUUCUUUCCACAGGAGCCAGCCGAGGUCCCGCCGGGUCGAAGGUUCUGCCCUAUCCGCCCGGACUGCCGCAACCCCCGGACGGCCGCGUACGAACCUACCCGCUCUCCUGCUGCUGCCGCAUGGACCCGCGUCCCUCCGCCGCCGCCGCUGCUGCUGCUGCUGCCGCCGCGUAGAGGGCGACCCCGACCCGACACUCUUUCUCCGGCCAGAUAAAAACGCACAAAAAGCCCCACACGACGAAGGAUUUAACCAACAAAUGAACUCCGGAGCUGCUGAUUACCCUCCAAAAAAGAUGUUAAAUUGAGGGCAUUUUUUCUUCUUCUUCUUCUUGUGCUGGUGGCUGCAUCAGGAGGUCUGGUAUAAAAAGCCUGUCAAGCCCACAGUGGCCACUUUGCUAUCAGUCAGGGAGGUCAGGCAGGAGGGAGAACUCAGGGCUGCAAGGAGACACACAGCGGAGCCCGACUGCAGUGUGUCGUGGUCGUGUUGGUCGGCCGGGUCGCUGCUGCUGCUGCUCCUGCUGCCACUGCUGCUGCUGGGAGACUUCCUGGGCUUCUUGAGCGGCUCUGAAGGAUGACCGCUGCACGGCUCGCUGCUGAAUCCCGGUGAACGAACGGCGUCUCAUGUCCAAACGGCGGAAGGAUGGCUCAUGGCAAAGUGACCAUCACGGUGGACGAGUACAGCUCCAACCCCACACAGGCCUUCACACACUACAACAUCAACCAGAGCCGCUUCCAACCUCCUCAUGUCCACAUGGUGGACCCUAUUCCUUAUGACACUCCCAAGCCAGCAGGACACACCAGGUUUGUGUGUGUGUCAGACACACAUUCGCGUACAGACGGCAUCCAGAUGCCCUACGGCGAUGUGCUGCUGCACAUGGGUGACUUCACCGAGCUGGGCCUGCCCUCCGAGGUUAAGAAGUUCAACGACUGGCUAGGUGGCCUCCCGUACGAGUUUAAGGUGGUGAUCGCUGGAAACCACGAGCUGACCUUUGAUAAGGACUUUAUGGCCGAGCUGGUCAAGCAGGAUUACUACCGAUUCCCCUCAGUCUCCAAACUGAAACCAGAGGACUUUGACAAUGUCCAGUCGCUCCUCACAAACUGUGUGUACCUGCAGGACUCGGACGUCACCAUAAAGGGAUUCCGGAUAUAUGGGGCGCCAUGGACUCCGUGGUUUAACGGCUGGGGGUUCAACCUGCCUCGGGGUCAGUCUCUGCUGGAUAAAUGGAACCUCGUCCCUGAAGGCAUCGACAUCCUGAUGACCCACGGACCUCCGCUCGGUUUCCGAGACUGGGUCCCCAAGGAGCUGCAGCGGGUCGGCUGUGUGGAGCUGCUCAACACGGUGCAGAAGAGGGUGCGACCCAAACUUCAUGCCUUUGGAGGCAUUCACGAAGGCUACGGGAUCAUGACAGACGGCUUCACGACGUUCAUCAACGCGUCGACCUGCACCGUCAGCUUCCAGCCCACCAACCCCCCCAUCGUGUUCGACCUGCCCAACCCCUCCAGCUCCUGAGACCAGAGGACGGGGGUGGGGGACAGUCACAGGCUCGAUAAACUACUUUUUUUCUAUAAAUAUGUCAAGUUUAAAAAAAAAAAAAAAUUCUAAGUGUUUCUUUGCAAACUUUUGGUCUUCUCCAAGCUGUUGUUGAGAUUGAGAAGAUUUGGAGACGUGGGGCGGGGUGGGGAGUUUGUCGGGGAGGGUUAAAGGAGAAUACCGGUGUUUUCUGUUUUUUUCUUCUAAUCGUGCCAACAGUGCUGGUUUCCCUCUGAGGUUUUUGUUUUCAACACAGUCAGCGUAGUUGCAGAUAUCAGGGUUUGUUUUCCUCCAGAAGGAGAAGAGUGUUUUUCAAUCUCGUCUGUCUGAAAAAACAACUGCCACAUUGCAAGGUAAUCCAUGAAGAAACUUUGUCUUUUGUCCUGAUUUCAUCCUUCAGAGUUCAGCAUUUUUAUAUCAACGCUUCUCAGUGCUCUGCUUCCUGUUAAUCGCCUGUGGCCACGGAAAGAAAUGGAAACUUCAUCCAGAAAAUAAUCCUUUAAAAAUCCGUUGCCUUGAUGAUUUAAGUUGAUGAUGUCUGAUGACGCAGUUGGAGUUAUUUUCAACAUAACAAGCUUGUUUUCUUGAGAUCACAAAUCAAUGUGUUUUUGGGUUGCAGGAAAAUACUUUGUAUUUUUUUUACAUUCCUAAAAUAUCUCUUGAAUUUUUUUUUUCAUGGUCACAAAAAAUAUAAUUUCAGCAUCACAAGAAAACAUCAGGCUGAAUCCAAAUGUCCACCCUCUGAUCAUGUGGACUUCAGUUGUACGUACUGUGAUGUGUUCACUGUCAUCAUGUAAAGACUGCAAGCAGCUGAUCGACAGCCCUUGAGUCCUCUUCAGCCUUUUGUACUUUAGUACUCUUACAUUUGCAUGUCCUUGAUCAUUUGGAAAGUUUUUAUUUAAAGAAAGAAAAAAACAAGUGUUAGUCAAACUAAUUAUGCAAUGUGAGAUGAAUUUGGGUGGCAUGUUAAACUGAGCUAUGAGUGACGCCGGUAUUCUCCUUUUGUCAGAGGGAUUUUGUGGUUAAACAAUCUUGCUCUUGAUAAAUAUUGGUCAGAUCUGUAAGAUAAAUGAUGCUUUGUGAAUUUGUACAAUUUCUUUGUGUUUGGUUUGCAUUGGCCGGACAAUGGAUGCCAUUGUUUUAUGUUGUAUCAUCUGAUAUUUUGUGUUUAGGUCUUUUUUUUUUUUUUUUUUCUCGUCAGUUCGUCUUUUCUUAUUGGCUGACAGGGACGCUGCCUUAAACUAGCUUUAAUGUUCUCAGCUAGAGCCCCACUCUCUGCGAGCUCAGAGAAAAGUCCUUAUUUAUUACCCCGCAGAACAACACCUGACUAACGCAGGGACAGAAAGCUAUCAAAUUACAGCCCGAAAAAUUAACUUUGUAACAUCCCGUUAUGGAUUUCUGAUCUAAUUUGGAAAAUGUAUGUAUAAAAUAUAUAAAUAUAUAUAUUAUAUAUUCAUGUUGUAAAACAUCUGUACUAAAAGUUGUGUUUGACAAAAAAAAGAAAAUCUGGUGCAUUUUUUUCUGUAUGCACCUGUAUAAUUGACCUGUUUCUUUAAUGCUCCCAUCAGACGCUCUUUCUUUCAUGUUUUUUGUAUUGACUCUCCCGGUAGGGUAGACAUUCAUUUUUGGAUGAGAGAGGAAAAUUUGUCAGAGUCACAAUCUAACAGGUGCUGGUUGUUCCCAACAACGCGCCUGCCUAAACCUGGUAAAGUUGUCCUUUAAAGUGUAAAUCUGAUAGUAUUUGUGUUUUAUUGCUUUCUUUUUUCUAAUUUUGCACUGUGUGUAAAUGCAAUCUUGCUAGCACAAAAAAAAAUGUUGCCAAUAGUUGUCUCAACUUUGCCGCUGUAAAUGCUCUUUCUGUGCUCUGUUCCUCUCUCGCUCUUUCUCUGAUUGUAUCCCUCUUCAUGGAAAUGUUAGUUCUCUCUUUCAGUUCAUUGUGAUAUAUUUAGCUGCCUUUAUAUGCAAAUAAAAUUGCAAGAUUUUUACUUAUCAA